AACGACAGGUGCCUCGUGACGUCAUCGGCGACGCUUAGUUACUCCAGUAAAGAUUUACCACAGAAAGAGACGCUGGCGCUUCAGAUCACUUCACAAAGUUUAUUAUUAAAAAACAACCGAUGAAGAGAGAGUAAAGUGAUGGGCGGAAAGAAACAGGAUGAAGAGAAGGACACCUCCGAGUAUGGUGCACCUGCUCAAUUUGACCCAACAUUCAAUGGACCCAUUCAUAACCGGAGUUGUACUGAUAUCAUCUGUUGCAUUCUGUUCAUGCUGGUCAUCAUUGGUUAUAUGGUUGUAGGAAUUCUGGCCUGGCUGUAUGGAGACCCUCGCCAUGUGCUGUAUCCCAGGAAUUCCACCGGAAUGUUCUGUGGGAUCGGUCUCAACAAAGAUAAACCUAAUGUGAUGUACUUUGACAUCACCAAAUGCGCGAUGGCGACCAAUAUCAUGGCUGCCGCUCUGAAUGGCCUUCAGUGUCCCACAACACAGAUCUGCGUGAAGUCAUGUCCCGCUGAUUUCUGGGCUUUAUCUCCAGCCGCCUAUCUGCCCAAUGCAAAUCCAGAAAAUUUCUUUAAACAGGACUUCUGUGUGCCCUCAUUUCAACUGAAGGGAACAAAACUCUCAGCUAUGGAUAUUAUAAAUAAAGAGUUGUGUCCAUAUUUCUACAUGCCUACAUCCUCUGUAUUGGGCAGAUGUUUGCCCAGUUUCACAGGAGGUGCAUAUAAUCCCAGUAACAUUCCCUCAAACUUCAGUAUUAAUGGAUUGACUCCAAACCAGUCUGCGUCUGUUAUUAUGAAUGCAACAGGUGCUGGAGGCGGGUCAAAUGAUAUUGCAAACGGUUUUAAUGCCAAGGACGUCGGCUUGCGGAUCUUUGAGGACUUUGCUAAAUCAUGGCAGUGGAUCGUAGCUGGUUUGGUCAUUGCGAUGGUGGUGAGCGUUCUCUUCCUCUUGUUGUUACGCUUCACAGCGCCCGUCCUGGUGUGGGUCCUCAUCUUCGGGGUUUUGGCUCUCGGUGCCUUCGGUAUCUGGUACUGUUAUAAUGAAUAUAUGUCGCUGGCCAACUCAAGCCUGACCUAUAAUAAUGUGGGUUUCACCACUAAUGUUCAAGUCUACCUGCAGGUGCGAGACACCUGGUUGGCCUUCUUAAUUAUUCUGUGUAUCGUCGAGGGGAUUCUGCUGUUGGCGUUGCUUUUUUUGAGAAAGCGUAUUCUCAUAGCCGUCGCACUUAUUCAGGAGACCAGCAAAGCUUUGGGUCACAUGAUGUCAACACUUUUCUACCCUAUCAUCACGUUUGUGUUGCUGUUGGUGUGUGUGUCGUACUGGGGCAUCACAGCGCUAUAUCUGGCGACGUCAGGUGGUCCUGUGUAUCGGGUGGUCGCUUUGAAUGCCACGCAAGGAGAUUGUAGCACCAUACGUGCCAAUCAGAGCUGUGAUCCAGAGACGUUUAACAGUACCGAGUAUCCCUCGUGCCCGUCCGCCCGCUGCGUCUUCAUUAACUAUAACACAGAAGGGCUCUUUCAGAGGAAUCUCUUUAAUCUGCAGAUUUAUAACGUUGUGGCGUUUCUGUGGUGUGUGAAUUUUGUCAUUGCUUUGGGUCACUGUACGCUGGCCGGUGCCUUCGGCUCAUAUUACUGGGCCUUCAGUAAACCAGCAGAUAUCCCAACAUUCCCUCUGAUUCAAUCUUUCAUGAGAGCAUUACGAUAUCACGUGGGCUCGCUGGCGUUUGGUGCUCUGAUUCUCACUUUGGUGCAAAUCGUCAGAAUCAUUCUGGAGUAUCUGGACCAUAAGUUUAAAGCCGCUCAGAACCCGUGUACACGCUUCCUCAUGUGUUGUCUGAAAUGCUGUUUCUGGUGUCUGGAGAAAUUCAUCAAGUUCAUCAACAGAAACGCUUACAUCAUGAUCGCCAUAUACGGGAAAAACUUCUGCGUUUCAGCUAAAAACGCUUUCUGUCUGCUCAUGAGGAAUAUUGUGAGGGUGGUGGUGCUGGAUAAAGUCACAGAUCUGCUCCUGUUUUUCGGGAAACUGCUGGUCGUUGGUGGAGUCGGUGUGCUGGCCUUCUUCUUCUUCUCUGGCAGGAUUCAGUCUCCAGGAACGGUGUUUGAAACAGCAGCUCUCAACUACUACUGGAUGCCCAUCAUAACGGUGAUAUUCGGUGCAUAUAUCAUUGCUCAUGGAUUCUUCAGUGUGUAUAAUAUGGGUGUAGAUACACUGUUCCUGUGUUUCUUGGAGGAUCUGGAGAGGAACGACGGCAGUGCAGAGAAACCUUACUACAUGUCCAAAAACUUGAUGAAAAUCUUAAACAAGAAGAACAAACAACCAAAGACGGGCUGAUGAUGAUGAUGAUGAUGAAGGUUUAAGCCCUUCACACCUUAAAGCACAGUCACUUUCAACUCGACUUCAUCCCAGAAGAUCAUGAACACUUUUUGAAGUUUCUUUAUACUUUGUUGUUAAAGCCGAGUCACGUCCAACAAACACUAAGCGAUGGUUUAACCAGCCAAAAACUCUCAACACGAUUUCUGUUUAAAUCACAAAUAUGAAACACUGUUUUUAAGAAGCCUUUCUGUGAGCCAAAAAACCUUAUGAUUACUAUUAUUCAUAUAUUUAUAUUUUAUUCAAAUAAAAGAGAGAAAAGUACUUUUAUUGCCUUAAUAAUGACAAUUAGUUCCUUUAAAACUACUGGACGUUUGUAAUACAAAAUCAAACAAGUACGUUUUCUAAAGAGCUCAAAUAUGUUUGUUUUUAUAUCUGCAAAGGCAUUUCAGAUGUAAACAUUGUUUUUAUAUGAUUCCUAGAUGUUAUUAUGUAAUGGAGUCUAUUUAUGUAGAAAUAUUAAAGUUUAAUAAAACUCUUACACAUGAA